AUGGCUUCCAAGGAUAACCAGGGUUCCGGAGCAUUCAUUCGCAGCGAAAGUGCUUUCCGUAACUUCAUCUUCCCUGAUUCCAAUGCUCCAUUUCCGGCAGAAAAGGGCCGUUAUGCUCUAACCUCCAUUGUCCGGAUUCUCAAAGGACUGGAGAACAUUAUCGAUCUGUACGAACUCCACCCAUCCAUGGGUCCCAAGGGCUGGUACUUCAGCGGUGAAGGUUCUUCCCUCCCUGUAGACCCCUUGUACGGCUUCAAGUACCUCCCCGAUCUCUACAAGAAGGCCGACCCCUCCUUCACCGGUCCUUUCACAGUUCCCAUGCUCUGGGACAAGAAGACCCAUACCGUUGUCAACAACGAAAGUUCCGAGAUUAUCCGCAUGCUCACUACCGCCUUUGACCACCUCCUGCCGGAACACUUACGUGAAGUGAACAGGCCAGGUGGCGGACUGUACCCGAAGCAUCUGCAAUCUUCCAUUGAUGAGGUGAAUAGCUGGGUCUACAACUUGAUCAACAACGGAGUGUACAAGACAGGCUUCGCUACCACCCAGCAGGCGUACGACGCGAAUCUGUACCCACUUUUUGAGGGACUCGAUCGUGUUGAGCAACUCCUCUCCUCCCCUGCACCCAGCGAUGGUGGCUCACCAGAAACAAAGUCAAGGAAAUACCUUCUUGGGGACAACCUCACAGAGACUGACGUCCGAUCCAACGCCUUCAAGGAGUGA